AUGACCGAACCCACCGGCCGCCGACGGCCGACGCGGGUAGCCCUGUUCGUGACCUGUCUGGGCGACGCCUUCUACCCGCAAGUGGGGGAAGCUACCGUACGCCUGCUGCACCGCCUGGGAAUUGCCGUCGAUUUUCCCCUUGGCCAAACCUGCUGCGCCCAACCCGCCUUUAAUGCCGGCUUUCAUGACCAAGCCCGCCUCGUCGCGCAACGUAACCUCACCCUCUUCGCCGAUUACGAAUACGUCGUUGCACCUUCGGGUUCCUGUACGGCGAUGAUCCGCCUGUUUUAUCCCGAUCUAUUUGCCGAAGACCCCCACCUGCAUCAGCAGGCCGAGUCGCUGGCUGCGCGCACCUACGAAUUGUCGGAGUUUCUGUUCAACGUUGUUGGCACCGACGACGUUGGCGCGGCGUUCUCUGGCAAGGUGGCUUACCACGCCUCUUGCCAUUUGCAGCGCGAGCUCGGUGUCACCGAAGCCCCGCGGCGACUGAUAUCCCGGGUUACCGGGGUCGAGGCGUGCGAUGCGGAGAUGUCGGAGCAGUGCUGCGGCUUCGGCGGCACGUUCGCGGUGAAGUACCCGGAGAUUUCCAGCGCCAUGCUUGAGAAGAAGAUCGCCAGUCUGCAGCGGGCCGGGGCCGAUACGCUGGUGUCGUGCGACGCCGGCUGCCUGAUGCACAUCGCCGGACGGCUCCGGCGGCAGGGGAUAGACGUACGGGUCAUGCAUCUCGCCGAAUUACUGAACACCGGUCACAACGCCGAGGAGCCGCACCAUGCAUCUGGGAACUGA